AAACAUGGAUAUCAUGACCGUGAAGAGCUAAAAAAGAUCAUGGCAAUAAAGUACAAAACUAAAGCAUGCCACCAAACAGAAGUUGAUGGGUUUAACAUCCCUGUUGGUCUUGAACAACCUCUAAUUCCAAAUUUAGAGGCACAAUUCCUUCAAAUUGAUGAAAAGAAUGCACCAUUUUACACAUAUGAGUUUGAUUAA